AUCGUCAUCACAGUUUCCACCGUUCUUUUCAACCUUGGUGUUGUGAAGACCAUAGUCGACAGUGGUCGUGGUUGGCUGAGUUGGAUGGGAAAUUUCGUCUACGUUCUUCAUGCAGUGGUCUAUUUCGGUGCUAUGUCGACCCGCUAUGUGGCGCUUGCCAUUAUAAUUGCAGUCACUCUCAAUCUUGGGAUGAUAUACCGUGAUAUCUGCGACAUUGUGGAGAAACGUCUGCUGGACAUCAGCAGCAGAGAUGAAAAUGGCUCCAAAAUCCUCUUGGCGCAGGGCUGCGACAUGUUGAAAAGAUUCGAGCAGUUCAAGUGGUGUGCAGAGGAGGCGGAGGAGAUUCUUGGACCCUUUGUCCUCGUGACGAUGUUGGCGUCAGGGUGGAUGCUCGUAACCGGAGUGCACAACACCCUGGCUGGGUCAUACACCGGAGGACUCAGCUUCCUCGUCAUGGGAGAACAGUUGAUCUAUAUUUCACUGAUUUUCCUGGGUCAAUACAUAGCAAAUAUGAUGAAAUUGCGACGAAAACGGCUCCAGCGAAUUUUGACUUUGAAGCCGUACAUCCGUUCGACAAGUGGAGGAAAGCUGGCGCAUCUACUGAUCGCUUUCAAUUGGCGUCUGACAGCAAGCAACGUGUUUGAUGUAAACAGACAAUUACUUUCAGGGAUCGUUUCCAAUUGGAUGAAUUAUGUUGUUGUUAUUUUCCAAUUUCAAAUGGCGAUGCAACCAAAAUCAUGCGUACCUGCAUAAUAAUAUUUAUUAAUUAAUUGUGUUGUUUAUUUAUG